CAGUAUAGAUUUGGGCUGAAUACUGGCUCUUGCCCAGAAAAUCUAAAAUUAAGACUAGAGUCUGUGUUGCCAAGCCGUUAUUAACACAAGCCGUUGCCAAGUCGUUGGUCACUUAGUCUUAGUGGCUUUUAUUUUCGCUGUCGCUGCGUCGUUUUAACGUCUUCACGAGUUCACUCCUCAGUAUUGUCAAGGCCAACGCGGUGUUGGCAUAUCAUAUGUUCCUUUUGAGUGAUGACUUAUGUGGAUGCGGGCUGUUGAAUGAGCAAUGAGCAUCAUAAUAUCAGCUUGAAACAUUUAAUUGCUGGUGACCGUAACGAGCGUAAUCAUUAUAAUAAAGCCCCGAAAGUUGUCAUAAUUUCUUCGAAAUAUGUCUUUGUAUCAGACAGCCCUUCGUUCUGCAGCCGACAAAAUGUUGGUUUCGCAGCAUGCUUGCAAGCUGUGCCAUACAUCUGCCAGCAAGCUGAGAAUACCUGCAAAUAUGGCAGAAGAGGCAGAAUCACAAAAGGUGAAAUUCAGUCCCCAUCGGCAACGUGACAUGAACAGUGCUCACAUUGCUGCCAAAUUGAGCAAAGCUGGAGCUGGGUCUGUGUUUGGCAAGGGUCUUGAUGUCUCCUCUUCAAUAAAUGGAAAUUCUUUCAAUGUUGGCACUUGCCCCAAAGACCUCCAUGCUUCGGUUUAUGAUAAAAGCAAUGCUUGUUCGCUCUCAUCUGUCAUGCAAACCAAUGUGCCACAACCAUUCAAAUCUGACGGCAAAGGAGAGCGAUCUGGUCAUUUGACAAUGCCAGGUGGCCAGUGGGCCCAGAAUGACAAGUACAUUUCAUCUGACCUGCACGAAUACCACUACUCAAAGAACUCUGGCUCAAGCAAGGCAAAAUCUCAGAACAAUACCAAUGCUGCCUCAACUUCCAGCGAUGAGACCGUGCGAGGUGGGAGCUUGGGUGAAAGCUUCACAUUUUUUGCUCUGCACAAGAAUGCUAGUUUUCCUAACAUAGCUCUGUAUCCUGAUAUCACUAACCUUAAAGCCUGUGGUACUUCAUUACUUAACCCCGGAACAAAAGCAGGACGUUUAUAUAUAGAUUUGGUGUGCUCAUCUGUAGGUAAUUUCAACGCUCAGUUCAGCUCACAGCAACAUUUUUGUCCCAGUGGCGUUGUUAAAUUUCUAUCUUCUUCAUCGUCGUCUGUCAUUCAGCAAAGUAAAUUUUCAUCAUCAUCAACAACCUGGAAUAAUGUUGGAGGAGCUCAUGAUCCCAAAGAAAAGAAUCCUAAUACGAGCAACGAAGUAUUGACUUCAGGGCAAAAAAUAAAGCGAGCCGUGAAAGAAUACGGAGCUGCGGUCAUCGUCUUCCAUGUCACCAUUUCACUUGCUUCACUGGGAUUUUUUUAUCUCCUAGUGUCAAGUGGAGUAGACAUGGAGGGCCUCAUCCAGCGCCUGGGCAUCGACUUAUCAGACGCGGCUGAUGCCUCUAGCGCCAUGACAUCGCCUGCUGAUGACGUCAGUGUUGAGGGCGAUGACGUCAUCGCUGGUGCUGACGCCAGCAACAACACCCACACGGGCGGCAAGCUGAGCACGGCUGGCAAUGUUGCUGCCGGGGUUAGCACUUUUGUAGUAGCUUAUGCUAUCCACAAGGUGUUCGCUCCUGCACGUGUUGGAAUCACACUCUCGGUUGUGCCUUUUGCUGUAAGAUAUUAUCGACGAACAUGGCAGAGGCGAUAAAUAACUACCAUUAUUUUGCCAUUAACUAGGACUAUUAUAAAGUGAAAGUGCCGUCGUUUUUGCACUUUUAUUUUAGAACCUAUCGGCCCUUCAAUAGGUUAAUUUGCAUCUUUCAUAAGACAAAGUUUUCUAAUUAAUUGCAAAAGAGAUGAAGAUAAUCAAUUAUUGUUCUCGCAUUUACAUGGGUUUGUGUUAGGUAAUUGAACCAAGGUAUCAUAUUCUAGUAUUCAUUAUUUUACUUAAAGCGUAGCUCUUUAUCAUAACUGAAUGUGAAUCUUUGUAACGUAUUUGAUGGUUCUGAAAUAUUCGUCUGUACAAAAUGUGUUCGGGAUAAGUAUUUAUAAGAGCAUUUUUACGAUCAUUAACUAAUCGUGCGUUCGUUGUUAUUGAAAUACGGUACCGUACUUAUCUGAAUUUGUUCGAGAUGUAAAUUUUUUGAACAUUUAUAUUCUUUCCUGUGCAUUUAAUUAAUUAUAACAUUAAUACUCUAGUUUAAUUACUAGAUUCACAACUGUUGAAACUAGCAUAUUAUGAAGCCAUAUUACAUUGCUUUCUCACUUAAAUAUCGGAAAAUCUAAUAUUUAAUUGUGCUCAGUUUAUGCAGCGAUGGCCUACACUGCGGCUAGUGUUUUUGUGUAGAUAUAAAUAACUUAUACUGAACUCUGUACCGCUGAAAAAAGCAAUGGAAAUAAGUCAGACUUUGAGACUUGCAGGAUGCAGUGGACAGAUAAACGUUCAAGCGCUGAAGAGUUUUGCCGAUGUUGUGGGAUUGCAAAGGUUUUUUCUUUGUAUUGAUCAUUAGGGCAUUUAAACUCUAAUGCAUAGCUUUAUCGCCUGUGUUCUAUAUUGUAAGCUUGAGCUAAUUUCAAUGAUACAGUUUUAUAGAACAUUUAACUUCGUUUUGAAAAUAUAUGAUAUAGAAUUAGUUAUAUAGAAACUUUACAAAGUGUUGAAAAUUUACGUAUUUUGAAUUGUUAUAAUUUUUGUUGCUGUAAAACAACGUGUUAUAAAGCACCAAGCCUAAAUAUUCGAUAAUAUCUAAGAAGUAUGUUAUUUUUAUUAGAGUGAAAAUGCAUUUGUUACGCCUUCUAUACAUGAAUCGAGUU